AUGGCCAAGAAAAAGCUCGAGCUACGCUUCGCUGCCAGAGAAAAGUUUUCCUUGAUGGACAAGGGUACUCGAGAGACUACAGCCGCGAAAUCGAUCCAGAGGGUCAAAGCGGAGGUUGAGAGGCAAGCGACGCAGCUGUGGGAAGAGGGGUUCACGUAUGCACCAGCCAUGAACGGGGACGACACAGAAACACCUCCAAGUGCACCCCGUGUGGUCUUCGAGAACGCUUUGACGGAAGAAGGAUUCCUCGGAUUUGCCAGAGAUUUGGAUAUUCUAGCGCUACCGUUUGCGACGCACACUGGCCUCAUCUCUCUUUUUCGCCGGUACGCCUCCAAGCUGACGAAAGGCGCUGCGUUGCAAGCGAGGGCAAAGGGCCUUUUCUCCUGGUUGUGUAAGUCGUCUGGCGUCCAUCGAUUGGGGAAGGAAGAUAUCGCAAAGCUGCUCGAUGGGUUGGGACUGCCGAGAAUUUCCGACGAAGACGCUCUGCCUUACACGUACGCAGACGGGAUGUGGGACUACAACGCGUUCUGCAGGCACUUACAUGACAACCAGUGGAUCACCGAAGUCGCGGAUGGUGACGAAUCGGUCACAUCGGGCAACAGGUUGUCGGGAAGUGCAGAUGGAGCUUCAGCGGAUUCACGACAACGGGAUAGUGAUGAAAGCUCGACGUCGUCCGAUCCUAGCGAGCUGGCUUCGGCGGUCUCGGACUCUUCGGUUUCGACAGAUGACUCCACACCAUGGGCAGACCGGUUUGUCGGUAUGAAGAAAGACGGCUUCGAAAAAGCGAUCCAGGAGCUGGCAUGUACUGUUAGACUCCCCGGGGAGGCGUGCGAGUGUGAGGGUUGCAGCACCCGACGGGUUCGCGAGGCCAAGCUGGAGCACCAAGAAGGAACAACCAUGGACAAAGAGAUGGAGCGUCUGAGGAUCAAGAUGCAUGCCAAGGAAUUGCACACAUCAUGGGCGACUGUCCGGUUGUACUUCGAGAUUCUGGCACCGAACGCGGCGAAGCUCUUUGCCGCCAAGGCGAACGCCUCACAAGACAUAUUUGGCUCUCCAUGGUCCAGCCCCACUUCGCGAAAUCUCCUCUUCGACAACGACCAGAUGCUGCAAGAGAUAUUCCUGACGCUGGUUGGGAGGCAGGGGGACAGAGACUCCCUGAAUGACCGAGAAGGCGGUUCUAGAAACCAAUUGGAAGACACAACCGUGCUGAAAGGGUUGAGGGCAGACUGUAGGUGGGUGUUCUCACUGUCUUCCUGUCGCAGAUCGCGAAGAAAGUUUCGAGUCUCCGCUUUAACAAUGUUUAGGUGUGCGUAG